UAUUUGUAACCUGUUUAUCAGUCACAUUGUUUUAUUAAAGCAAGCUUGGGUGUUUGUUUCUUUUUAAAAAUGUAACCUGCAAAUUUUGUGUUUCAGAGAAAAUGUCCCUCAACUACCCUCAGGGGAUGGGGGACCAUUCUAGGGGCCUCUCCGAGCAUUCAAGACACCUUGGAGAUCAUAAUCAAGUGAUUGAUCACUCAAGACUGCUCAGUGAUCAAUAUAGAGGUUUGAUGGAGCACUCCCGUGGUCUGGAUCCAUACCGUGGAAUUAUAGAUCAUACACGAGGCUUCACCGACCCGAGAAAUCUUGAUCCGAGGAUCAUUGAUCAAUCCCGGGGACUGGGCGAUCUCUCCCGAAUGUUGAUCCCUUCCUCCCAUGCUGCUAUGUUUAAUGAUAGUGUGUAUAGAGAUCCUAAUCUUGUGAACCGAAUACCAACAACUCUUUACCCUCCGCCACAACCACAAAUACUUCCACCGGUAUAUUGUAAGGCGGAGAACCAGCUGCUGGACUACGAUGCCCGUGAGCUAGCUGAGGCUAAUCGGUGUAAUCGGGAUAAUCGGGAUAGUUUCGAGGCUCAACUUGAACCUGGUCGAAGCCUGCAGCAACAGCUUCAACAGCAGGCACAGAUUCAUCAACAUCAUCAGCAGUCACGUGAACCACAGCAACAGCCACAGCAGGCAUCUCAACCACAACUGCAGCAGGCUACUCAGCCAUCACAACCUACACAGCAACUUCCAACACAGCCGCAGCCACAACAGUACGAAGAUGAAUUUGUUGAUGAGGAUAGUGAUAUGUCUAGUGAGGAGGGGUUAGGGGAGAUGAUGUGUAUAGAACCUGAGUUUAAUUAUAUUAAACCAGAAACUGAUCCAGAUCACAAUGAUGAAUCCAAUCAACCAACUGAUGAGAAGGAUGGAAAAGAAGAUUCAUCUUGCAAGGAUGAAACUGAACUCAAGCAGGAAUCAAACCUACCUGGAGAACCUAUCAAGAGAGGGAUUAGAGUUGGGAGCAAGGUUUCCUUCAAGUGUGGAGAAUGUGACCAAAUGUUUCCUGAGAAACGAAAUCUAUAUCUGCACAGGAGAGCUGAGCAUAAUCCUAAAUAUCCGUGUGAACAAUGCGAGUUUGCAACAUCAGAAGUUUCAGCGUUGAAGAAACACAGACUUAGUGUGCAUGAGAAGAUCAAGCAUAUGUGUGAAGAAUGCAGUUUCCUAGCUUCCAGUGUUACCGUUCUCAGAGAGCAUCGGCUUACCCAGCAUGUGAAAAUCAAGCAUCCCUGUAAUCUAUGCACUUUUGUCACGUUUGGAAAACGAAAUCUAAAGCGACACAUGAUGAAGAUGCAUGAAGGUUUCAUACCCAACACGCUCUUCUCAUGUGAUCAAUGUGAGUUUACAGCACCAUAUUCAUUCUGUAUAAAAGAGCACAAACAAACUGCACAUGAAGGAAAACAAUUUAAAUGUGCACAUUGUGAGUUUGUAACUCUACAAAAGACAAGUCUGAUAGCUCACAGGAAAAGUGUACAUUUGAAUGAAUCUCGAGAGGAGAAGAUAUACCCGUGCAAUCAGUGUGAUUAUGUUGGAACACACUUGGGUAACCUGAACGCACACAUACGAACCAAACACGAGGGUAUAAAACCAAACAAACAGUUUCCUUGUCCUCACUGUGACUAUGUUGGAACCUACAAAUGCAAUUUAAAUUCUCAUGUAAAAACUCAACAUGAGGGAAUCAAAUCUACUAAACUCUUCCCUUGUGAGAUUUGUAACUACGUAGCAACAUACAAAAGUAACUUGAAAGCUCACGUAAAAGCUAGACAUGAAGGCAUUAAAUCUGACAAAAUAUUUCCAUGUGACAAGUGCCAAUAUGUCAGCUCAUACAAGAGCAACCUCAGCUCGCACAUAAAAAGCCAGCACGAAGGCAUCAAGUCGACAAAAAUUUACUCAUGUCCCCAAUGUGAAUAUGUUGGGUCAUACAAGUGUAAUUUGAAUGAGCACAUAAAAAGAAAACAUGGCGGUAAACCUGAAGAACAAAUGUCCAUUGCUUCCAUUGCAGAACUUAUUCAGGAAAAUUGAUUUGGUUGUAAAUAAGAACAUUUAUUUGAAAUCAGUUUUGUAACGCUAAGUUGAUUUAACUAAAAUUGUAUAAUAACUUGUCCAUAGAUUUCUUUUUGUAAUUGAUCUGAAUGAUUUUAUAGUUAAUUUAACGAAAACUUUUAAAUAUUUUACAAUGAUAUUAAACCUUUGCAGUAUUUAAUAGCAUUAAUAGACUUUUACUUAAGUAUGCAAGUAAAGUGCAAAAUCAGCAAUGAAUAUCAACAAUUUAACUUAAUAAUCUGGAGAUUAGUUUCCUGCUUUUAUUAACGAUGGUUGACGGUCUAUUAUUAUUAUUAUCGUUGUCCUACUCCAAAAAUGAAAGUAUCUGAUAAUACGUUAAAAGAACAUCUUGAAACUAAAUUCACAAAUACGAUAUCAAAAUUCAAAGAUUGGAAACUUAAUUCUUAGAUCUGGAAUCCAAAUCUUAAAUAUGUGGAAUCUCAAUACAUAAAUUUUGAAACUAAAUUCGUAGAUUUGGAAACUAAACUCAUAGAUUCUGUACUUUUAGUACAUUGAGUUGGAUAAAAUUUAUAUUUAUGUAAUUAAUUACCUGCAGGGUAAACCCAACACGGGACAUCGAAGAAGAAGUAAAUUCUUGACCCCGAGAAUCAUAACACAAAAUUUCUAACAUUUGCUAAAAAUGCUAAUCUGUAUAUAUAUAAAUAUAGUUAUUUGAUUGUAAAAACAGAUGUUUAGACAAAGAAAUAGAUAAAAUAGAUGUAAUGGUGUUUGAGUCUAAAUCUGAUCUUUAUGAUAAUAUUAAUGAUACAUGUUAAUGUAAAUUCCAAGAAUCUCUGACAACUGUAAAAUACUCGAUGAUGUAAAAAAUGAAAACAGAUUUUUUUCACAGCCUAUUUUUUUGUAAAACUGCCCGAUAUUGAAUAUGGUUUUUAAACCUGAGACCGAUUUAAAGAAUUUGAGUCGCGGCUCAAAUAUGGUUGGUUCCACUUAAAAUUCUAUUCAAUUUUUUAAGAUUUAAGC